AUGUCAUUGUUGGACAGAAUACCAAAAUUAGAAGUAUGUUGUGGUUGUGUCACAGAUUUGAAAACAGCAGCUGCGAUUAUUGCAGUUUUAGGGAUUGUGACGAGUCCAGCGGUGUCGUGGGCGAUCGUGAGACAUGCUUAUGUGAUCAAAGUAACUUGCGCUUUGACCGCGAAGUCAUCAAGCCCCGACGUAGUUGAUAUCAAUCUAAAUAAUGGUUUAAGUUUUGGUUUUGGUGGAAAUUCUGGAAUGGGUUUUGGUUGUUUGGCAAAACCUAAAAAUAAUACGUUGAGGGAGGGUGAAAAGCCAGAGAAAGAUGAGUCUACAGAAAGUUUCAUCCUCUUUAUCAAAUACACCGGUUGGAUAGUACUUAUAGCUGACGUGGUAUUCCUUGUUAGCAGUGUACAUUUAUUAACGAGGUUAUUUCAGGGUUCAGACUUGAAUGCCACGUAUAUAUUUCUGGUAGCUGGUCUAGUUUCCGUACUCCUGACGUUUCUCUAUGGAAUGACUUACGUGUGCCUCUGUGUGUUCGUGAGCGGCAACUUUCCAAUCACAGGCGUCAAUACAGCAGGUUUUCUAUGCAUACCUCCUUGCAAGGAUCUUUACGAAGUAUCAAGUCCAAUCAAACUAGUAGCCAAUGUAUUUAGAUGGUUACUAUUCUCCUCUGAAUUGCUACUCCUUGCUAGCAUAUUCGGUUUCUUGCUGGGAAUAUUCUAUAUAGGUAUUGGAAGUUUCGGCUACAUGUCUUUAGCUAAGUUAUGUGGUGAUCAAACUGGUUUAAUGUCGGAUUUAGUAAAAUACUUCUCAUUUGCUGCGAUAGCGUCAAAUACAUUUCUUGCUAUAGCCAGCAUUAUAUUCUUGAUAGCAGCAUGUAUGGAUCGUUUCGAGAUCACAGCGACACUAUUUCUUCUCGCCAUCCUAAUAUUCCUUGUUGUAAAUCUGGCGAGUAUCAUAGUUGUUGUGGUCGCUAUCAUCACAGACAGUGGAUGUCGCCAGAACUCCCUGUAUCUAUCAGCCCUUAUAUUAUUCCCCAUGCGAGCAAAUAAUACGAGCAUCUGA